ACGAAGAAAAAUGAUAUUAAUAAUUUCAAGUUGCUUGAAAUAAAGUUGAUUGUCUGCAUUAGAUGCUAAGGGCAACUAAACCCAACAUCAUUUUCAUUCUUGUAUUAUUUUCAGCAUUCAUAUUUCCAUUCCCAUCGUGUUAUAAUUUAACAGUCAAAGGUGCAGAUCAAGUGAAAAGGUUGAAUCAUUAAUGAUUUAUUAAUGAAACAGUAAACAUUAAACAGUGUCAAGCUCAUCAUUCAAGUAUCUUUGGUUCAGCUUGAGAAAUGGCGUCAAAAGAGGACAAGAGUGCUUCUAAACUUGGCAAAGGCCAGUCGAAACAUUCAUCAUCGACUACCGAUGGUGAGGGUGACAAGCUGGUUGGAGUUGGUGAUCAAGAUUACUCCAUUCAUGGCCAGAUUGUUAGAGUAAUUGAAGCCGCGAGAUUGUUUUUUCAAAACCAAUUUGAGAAGGCGCUGGAACUAUGUAAACAAGACAACGAACAACAUCUUUACCUGACACUCAGCUAUGGUACCAUGUCUUGGCUUCGAGCUUGGAUGACAUUUGAAAAGCCAGAAAUUGAGUUUGCCAUAGAAGCAUUGAAAAAGUCUGUUGAUUUGAGUUCAGCUCGGAAAAGACAUUAUUCUUGGAUGGAUUACCUUAGAAGAACAAAUUAUGAUGAAUUCACUGAAGAGGAGAUUCAUGCUGAAUUGGCAUAUGCUGAUUCUGUAUUCAUGCUAGCAUUGAUUACUUUCGUCCAAGAUCAAAGUUUCCUCAGCUUAAUCAAAGGCGCCUGUCGUUUCCGUUAUGGUUUUCAAUCGUACAAAAUCUGUCAAACUAUCAUCCAAAAGCGAACCAAAUGGCAGUCUGAAGUAACUCGAAGAGAGUUUGCAUCCGGUGUUCAUGCUGGAACUGGCAUUUAUAACCUGGCUCUUUCAAUGUCUCCUCCAAGAGUUUUAAGAAUCCUUGAAUUCAUGGGUUUCUCGGGGGAACGAAGUAUCGGAAUUGAUGAAUUAACAGCUGCUGCUGAAUUGGAUGGGACUGGACGAAGUCCAUUUGCAAUUAUAUUACUUUUGAUCAACUUCAGUCACAUUGAAACAAUGAUUGGAUGGGGAGAGAAGGAUAUCACCAGAAUUGAGGAUUUAUUGGAUAAACAAGCCAGUCAUUGUCCAAAGAGCGUUUUCUUGCCACUAUUCACUGGUAAAUUGUAUCAAUUGAAAGGGAACUGUGAUGAUGCAAUCAAAUCUUUCAAUGAAGCAAUUAAGAUGCAAGAUGAGUGGAAACAACUUCAUAAUGCUUGCAAUUGGGAAAUUAUGUGGAACUAUGCGGUUCAAGGAAAUUGGACAAAAGCAUCUGAAUAUGCAGAUAAGAUGAGGAAAGAGAGUUUAUGGUCACCAUGCACUUUUACGUACCAAUAUGCAGUCUAUCUGUACAUGUUGAGAGAGGAAACAAAUGAUCAUUCAUUAUCUGCUAAAAUAAACGAUGCAAUGAGGGAAGUUCCUACUUUGAAACGACGUUUUGCUGGUAAAAGCACGCCAAGAGAAAAAUUUGCAUGCAGAAUGGCUGAGAAGUUCAUUGAGAAUGGCGGUAAAAUGGUUGUUCCCGCUUAUGAAAUAUUUUAUAUCUGGAAUAUAUUUUCAAGCAUCAAUGCUCCACAACUAAUUGAACCAAUUCUUAAUACAGUCGAUAAACAGUUGAAAUUAUUCACCAAAGUGGUUAAAGAAUCAACCGAUGAUUAUUGCCUAUUGCUGUUGUUGAAAGGAGUCUGUCUACGACAUCUUGAUAAAUCAAUGGAAUCUACAACAGUUUUGAUGGAGAUUUUUGACCAUCAGCAAAAUAUUUCAGCAAAUCAUUACAUUCUUCCAUGUGCUUGUCUUGAGUUGGGUUGUUCAAACAUUAAGUUGAAAAGGUACAAAGAAGCUCGAGAUUGGAUGAAAAAGGCAAUCACUAAUUAUACCAAAUAUCCAAUUGAGUUGAUUGUUCAUGUGAGAUCACAUUUUGCCAUUAAAUCAAUCAAAGGGGAAAAUGAUCAAAUCUUUUGGAACUAAAAUUAUCAAGUAUUUUACUCGAUUUUUAUCUCAAUUUACGAAUUAUUUUUGUCAUGUUUGUCAAUUUCAAUACAUUUAAUCAACUUCAUGGGAAGUUAAAAUAUUAAUAUUUUUGAUAUUUUUCUUACUCCAAAAGCAAUGACUAUUCUUACAAAUUUAUAAUCUCAAUUUUUGCAGAUACAAAAUUUUAUUGUAACGGAGCUUUAAAAUAAAUUUGCUUGUUUUAUAUUC